AGGGAAGGUAUCUAUCUACCAGUAAUGUUGUAUAUACAUGGAGAAUCUUAUGAAUGGAAUUCCGGAAAUCCUUAUGAUGGAAGUGUAUUGGCAAGUUUUGGAAAUGUGGUUGUGAUCACUUUUAAUUAUCGUCUUGGAGCAUUAGGUUUUCUUCCAACCUUGGAUGAUUAUGCUCGAGGAAAUUAUGGUAUCAUGGAUCAAGUUGCGGCUUUACAUUGGAUAAGAGAAAAUAUUGCUGAAUUCGGAGGUGAUGCAAGAAAUAUUACAAUAUUUGGACACGGAUAUGGAGCGGCAUGUGUCAACUUACUGAUGUUAUCUCCAAUGGCUAAAGGAUUGUUUCAUCGAGCAAUUAUGCAGAGUGGUUCCGCACUCAGUUCUUGGGCAUUAGCACCAAAUGCAAUUAGUUACGCCCACGAAUUAGCACGCAAGUUGGGUUGUCCAAUACAGAAAAGUUCCGAAUUGGUGGAUUGUAUGAGAGAGAAAUCAGUCGAAGAUAUUAUGAAAAUACAACUAGAUGUUCCAGAGCAUUUGACAAGCUUUGGCCCAACUGUCGAUGGAACUGUCAUCCCAAAGGAACCAUCUAUUCUCAUGGAGGACAGUAAUAAUCUUUAUGGACAGUACGAUCUGCUAUUUGGUGUGACGAGGAUAGAAUCUUAUUUCCAGUUUUCAUUCCAUGAAGACAAAUCCGGUAUUGAGCCGGAUCGAAGAGAUCGACUUUUACGUACUCUUGUACGAAAUCUAUUCACUUAUCAUCUUCAAGAGAUAUUUCUUACAAUUGUCAACGAAUAUACUGACUGGACCAAACCUGUUCAGCAUCCGAUCAAUGUUUUGGAUGGUACAGCUGAUGCACUCGGUGAUGCUCUUGUCGUAGCUCCUCUAAUCAGGACAGGAAAUUAUCAUUCUCAUGUGCAAAUGAAAACUUAUUUCUACGUUUUUGCUUAUCAAUCAGAAGAAGGAAACUAUACACAAAGGAUGGGUUGUAUUCAUGGUGAAGACUUGCCUUAUGUAUUCGGAGCUCCAUUGAUCGGAUCUCUGUCUUAUUUCAAUAGAAAUUACAGUAAAUCCGAAAUAGCGCUAUCUGAAGCAGUAAUGACUUAUUGGACUAAUUUCGCUAAAGUUGGUGACCCAAACAUUCACGCACACGAGAUUGAUUCGACUUCUGAAAGAGGAAGAGGGAGAUUCGAGCGCUUCAUGUGGCCCAGAUAUGAAGAUGUACAUCAAAAAUAUUUAAUGAUAGGUAUGAAACCUAAGGUUAGAGAUCAUUAUCAUGCACAUCGUCUCUCGUUAUGGUUGCAAUUAAUACCGAAGCUGCACCAAGCAGGAAGCACAGUUACUUCACUACAGCAUCACCGGUUGCAAGAUCACGAUAACCUUCUCACUUACGAUGGUCACGUACGUGAAGUUCGCUAUCCUCCGCCUCCCUCACCAACUUCUACCAUAUCUCAAAUACCCGGAAUAUCCAUAGCUACUCCGAAAGGUGGCGGAAAUGAAAGCAGUAUUUCAGAUACUCCUCCACCUACUUCGGAUCAUCCCACAGCUCAGGUUCCGAAUACUUCGGAGUCUAUGGCUGUGGUGAUGCAAUAUGGUCGUUACUCUACGGCUCUAAGCGUAACUAUAGCCGUCGGAUGCUCACUUUUAAUCUUAAAUGUUCUCAUAUUUGCUGGCGUUUAUUAUCAGAGAGAUAAAAAUAGGUUGGAAGCAAAAUUACAGAAGCGAAAUUAUAAGGUUCAUAAGCCAAAUGAAGGCGAACAAAACAUUCCAGGCAUUGCACCAAACAAAACUUCUAUAAGGGCUCCACCUCCUUCUCCUGCUGGUCAGUCUCAAAUCUAUCCUGCAACUCAACCUAUACAGGCUGAAUCAAUUAAUAAUGUUCCGCCCAAAGUUCCACCGAAGCCAACUUUAUCACCACCACAGAGUUCGGUGCCUGAAACUCAACCUCUAUUGCCAUGUGGGGCUGUAAGGACCCCUCUAGUAAGAGCUGUCAACCAACAAGAAAUGAGAGUGUAAUGAUGUCACCACAUUUCUGACAGCGAACCAAAGGAAGGAAGGGAAGAGACAACAGUGUGAAGCUUCUGCUACGUCGGGGACCACUAUAAAUUCGCUCACCAGUUGAGCUGGUGCGUAUUACAUGACAACCAGAAGCCUUCAAGCAAAAUAACAAGAUACGUGGAGCAUUCUUUCCCCACAAAACUUCGUCAACGUAGAGUUGGUGUCAAUGACAAUCUAUGUUGUGUCCUUUGUGAUCUUCCUUCUAAUACUGUAAAUUUAUCGUUACAUCAUACUCUGUUAUGUUUUAUUUUUUCUCCUCCUCUUUCUGUUUUGCAAUGCACCAGUACAACGAUGACACUGAUUCUACAAGAAAGAGUUCAGUUUAGUGAAAUACUGCCUUACAAAGAAAUAAGUCCAGUUCUGAAGCAGAUAGAGUGUUUUCUACAGUUAGAACCGAAACAUUCCCUAUUUAUAGAAGGGAUUUUCCAUUUUCAAAAGAAAAUUUGUUAUCUUAGGUAAUGUUAUGCUUUUUGAUUUAUUAAAUCUAUAUUAUAUGGAAUGAGCUUGCUUUAAAAAAUCUCAAUUUAGUCAUAAAAUUAUGACAGAACUGUAUUUGUCUUUAUGUACAGUAUUUGAUGUAUAUGUAUGUACAUAAAUUUGAAACAAAACAAAAAAAAAAUGUCAUGUGAAAGGUCAUGAAAAAUAUUGAAAGUAGUAAUUCCUGAUUAAAUAACGCUAAUAAUUACAAUAAUUAAAAUAAAU